AGCUGUCCCUGCCUCAGAGAAGAUACCACGUUGAAUGAGCAAAGACCGAACUUUAUAGAUAUCUUUUGUAAAAGGCUUAUAAGGAAUAGUGCCAUAAUUUGAAUCACAGUGGAUUUCACAUUAUGAGGAGAAUCUUUGUCAACCUAAUGAAACAUUCAAAGAAGACAUCUGACUCUUUUCAAGAUGAACUUGAAGAUUAUAUCAAAGUACAGAAAGCCAGAGGCAUAGAGCCAAAGACUUGUUUCAGAAAGAUGAGAGAGGAUUAUUUGGAAACCUGUGGAUACAAAGAAGAGGUUGAUUCUAGACCCAGGUGUAGAAUGUUUGAUCAAAGACUCCCUUAUGAACCCGUCCAGACCUACCAAAGACCAUGCAAUGUUUCACAAGCAGUGGAGAAGCGGUUACCUCAGUGGCUACCAGCUCAUGACAGCAGGCUGAGACUAGACUCCCUGAGCUACUGUCAAUUCACCAGGGACUGUUUCUCAGGAAAACCAGUAGCCCUAAACUUUAGUCAACAAGAGUAUAACUGUAGCUCAUACAGUGUAGAAUCUGGAGUUUACAGACACCUCUCUUUAGAAAACAGUACCAGUGCCCAUCAAAGUAGUUAUAAACAGAUACAUCAGAAGAGAAAAAGGCACCCAGAGGAAGGCCAUGAAAAUCCAGAAGAGGAGCGAUCCAAGCAUAAGAGGAAGAAAGCUUAUGAGGAAAUAGUAGACAAACACAAGAGCAUCCAAAGAAACAAAACAGAGGUGGAAACAGUCAGAAACAGUACAGAAAAGCUUAAGAACUGAAAGGACAAAAAAAGCCGAGAAAUAACCUCUAAGAAAGAGGAAUGUAAGCAUAGAAAAGAGAAAAAGGAACAAGGGAAAGAAAGGACAGAAGAGGGGAUGAUUUGGGACCAGUCUAUCCUUGGAUUUUGA